AUGGACGAGCUGCUGCAGAACUUCCCCGACAAGUUCCCUCUCAGCGUCCACCAAGCCUACAAGAAGCAAGAAGACGAAAUCCGCAAGAAGAACGAGAAGAAACGCGCUGCCGCUACCCAAGUCAACAACAAUGAUGUGCCCAUCGCAGACAGGCGCCUGAGCAUGCUCCGCAAGCUCGAACGCAUCAGCCUCCAAGUCACUCUGCGCGAUCCCAAGCCCAAGCUGAUGACCGAAAUCCACCUGCGCAUCGAGCGGUACAUGGUCGUCGCUAUGCAGCUCGCGGAGCCCCAUGGCUUGGGCCGGCUGGAGCAGGCCACCUAUGUCAAGAAGCUCCGCAUGCAAGUGCGCAAGAUCCAGAGGGCUUGCAAGCUCUGGGAGUCGCUCAAGGAUGCUAUCGGCCGCCAUGGGGUUCUGAUGGAUGAUGACACGCGUCGGGUGGAGAUUGAUGUUGCUAAUCGUCCCCGUCCGAUGCAAUGGGCCGUCUUGAGCAGGAACCUGGUGGAGCCGACACUCACCGAAAGUGACUUUGACGACCUCAAGGACGGGAACGUCGAUGCUGUAUUCCGCCAACAGUACCUCCCUCGCGGUGGCGUCGCUAUUGUGGAGCACUGGAGAAGGGAUAAUAUCGAGAUGGUCGGGUCCCUUCUACAAACAAACUACUCCGACGUACUCAGACGCCAAUACGCGGCCUGGGCUGAGUGCUUUGCUGUGAGCUCAAAGCAGCCAGGAACGGAGAAAUUGAAAUGGUUGCUCACUCCUACCGGAGAUUGGACGUUGGUGCAGUUCCACGACGAGAACAUCACGUUCGCCGAGGAGGAUGUAGCAACGAUCGCAGGGCUACUGGAAAGAUUGGAGGGAUCAACCCUUCCGAUGCAAGGGGCGGGAUUUUUCGGCGUCAACCUCACUGCCAUCGGAGCCAUCAACGCCAUUAUGGCUACGGCUACUUCAUCCCUGCCCGCAUCGAUGCAAAACUUCAUCGGCUCUUGCUCAGCGGCGCAAAUCGCUCAGCUCAUCCAAGCACUCCAAGACACACAGUCAAGCAAUGCUGCGGGGACGGCGUCCAACGCAGCAUCCACCAUGACAGUCAAGGCUGGGGUGGCGGCUGCAAAGACCGGGAAGAAGCAGCGCAACAAGAAGGCGAAGAGUGAGAGUGUGACCGGUGGUCCGAAGCGUCCCCUGAACUCGUGGAUGGCGUUUCGCAAGUACUACAAUGCCUCGCUCGCACCAAACACGCAGAAGUCGAUAUCCAAGAUCCUGACGACGUGGUGGCAUGAUGAUCCGUUCGAAGCCAAGUGGGCCAUACUCGCCAAAGCAUACAGCAUCGUGCGCGGAAGCCGCGAGAAGGCGGAAGUGCCGCUGGAUGGGUUCUUCGCUAUCUGUGCUCCACUCAUCGGAGUCAUUCCCCCUGACCGCUACAUGGCCUGGAUGGGCUGGCAGCUCACUCAGCCGGACGCCAAUGGCGAGGACAAGACCCCAAAGCUCACCCGCACCGCCAGACCGUCCCUCGCCCAAUUCCCUGACGAGUACACGAGCACUUCUCUCGGCGUCGAUGACCUGGUGUGGCACUGCUACAAUCGCGGCUACGCCGUGACUACAGGCGACGUAGCUCCUGAAGUUACCAACACUUCCGAGUCACUCACCAUGGCUGUGCAGCCGAUCGUCACCGAUGGCGUGGACAACAGUGUCAUGCUUGCCGGGCAAGACUUCAUCAUCUCUCCAAGUGACGCCAACCUUCAGCGUGCGUUGCUUGAGGCGCUCGCAAGCACCACUGCUGCCGAAAACACGCCCUCCGAGAACAUUCUCUCCAAUGCUGCCACAGUCAUCGAAGACGCCGGUGGUAGUUACCCCUACAACGCGACCUUCGACCCGACCAAUCACUUCCAGAUCAACUUCAAUCCCAACGAAGUCGAAGAAGGAGGAGCAUGGGACGCUUUCGACACCACCGUCCUGGGAAACAGCAGCGACGAGGCGAUUGACUGGACCGAAUUCCUCAACCAAGAUGCAGUUUGA